CUCGCAGCGUCCCGGUUUUUCUUCUCAGCCCAGGAGCAGGAGGAUGUGUGAGUCCUUCUCCGGGGAUCACCAGGCGGCGCCACGCGGCCAGCUUAUAAGGGAAGCUAAAUGGAGUCUGAACAACUGUUCCAUAGAGGUUACUAUAGAAAUAGCUACAACAGCAUAACUAGUGCAAGUAGUGAUGAAGAAUUGCUAGAUGGAGCUGGUGUUAUCAUGGACUUCCAGACCACUGAAGAUGACAAUUUAUUAGAUGGUGACAUAUGUAUUGCUGCAGGAACUCAUUAUACAAUGACAAAUGGAGGCAAUAUUAACAGUACAACACAUUUGCUGGAUCUCCUCGAUGAGCCCAUUCCUGGAGUUGGAACUUAUGAUGACUUCCACACGAUUGAUUGGGUGCGAGAGAAGUGCAAAGACAGAGAGAGACACAGAAGGAUCAAUAGCAAGAAAAAAGAAUCAGCAUGGGAAAUGACAGAGAGUUUGUAUGAUGCAUGGUCAGGAUGGCUGGUUGUGACAUUAACUGGAUUGGCAUCAGGUGCUUUGGCUGGAUUGAUAGAUAUCGCUGCAGAUUGGAUGACUGAUUUAAAGGAAGGCAUUUGUCUCAGUGCCCUGUGGUUCAAUCAUGAACAGUGUUGCUGGGCAUCUAAUGAAACAACAUUUGAAGAGAGAGACAAAUGUCCAUUGUGGAAAACAUGGGCAGAAUUAAUAAUUGGUCAAGCAGAGGGACCAGGUUCCUAUAUAAUGAACUACAUAAUGUACAUUUUCUGGGCUUUGAGCUUUGCUUUCUUGGCAGUUUCUCUGGUGAAGGUGUUUGCCCCUUAUGCUUGUGGAUCAGGGAUUCCAGAGAUCAAAACAAUAUUGAGUGGCUUUAUCAUUAGAGGGUAUCUGGGCAAGUGGACAUUAAUGAUAAAAACAAUCACUUUGGUCUUGGCUGUAGCCUCAGGUUUGAGUUUAGGAAAAGAAGGUCCUCUUGUACAUGUUGCGUGUUGCUGGGGAAACAUCUUUUCAUACCUCUUUCCGAAGUACAGUACAAAUGAAGCAAAGAAAAGGGAGGUAUUAUCUGCUGCUUCAGCAGCUGGAGUAUCAGUAGCAUUUGGGGCCCCAAUUGGAGGAGUUCUUUUCAGCCUAGAAGAAGUCAGUUAUUAUUUUCCAUUGAAGACCUUGUGGAGAUCAUUUUUUGCUGCUUUGGUGGCUGCAUUUGUUUUGAGAUCCAUCAAUCCUUUUGGAAACAGUCGCCUUGUUCUUUUCUAUGUCGAAUACCACACUCCAUGGUAUCUAUUUGAACUAUUGCCCUUCAUUCUUCUGGGUGUGUUUGGUGGACUGUGGGGAGCAUUUUUCAUCCGUGCCAACAUCGCUUGGUGCCGUCGACGCAAAUCAACCAAAUUUGGAAAGUAUCCAGUUCUUGAAGUUAUUAUUGUAGCAGCCAUAACAGCUGUCAUUGCUUUUCCAAACCCCUAUACCAGAGUCAACACCAGUGAGCUAAUUAAAGAACUUUUCACAGACUGUGGGCCUUUGGAGUCAUCCUCCCUUUGUGAUUAUCGAAAUGACAUGAAUGUCAGUAAAAUAGUAGAUGACAUUCCUGACCGUCCAGCAGGCACUGGAGUAUAUUCAGCAAUAUGGCAGCUGUGCUUAGCUCUUGUAUUUAAGAUUAUAAUGACAGUUUUCACUUUUGGUAUCAAGGUUCCAUCAGGUUUGUUCAUACCUAGUAUGGCCAUUGGAGCAAUAGCUGGGAGAAUUGUUGGAAUUGCUGUGGAACAAUUGGCUUAUUAUCAUCAUGACUGGUUUAUCUUCAAGCAGUGGUGUGAGGUUGGAGCAGAUUGUAUAACUCCAGGCCUCUAUGCUAUGGUUGGUGCUGCUGCAUGCUUAGGUGGUGUGACAAGGAUGACUGUAUCUCUAGUGGUUAUUGUGUUUGAGUUAACAGGGGGACUAGAGUAUAUUGUACCCCUUAUGGCUGCAGUAAUGACGAGCAAAUGGGUUGGAGAUGCUUUUGGCAGAGAAGGCAUCUAUGAAGCACACAUACGUCUGAAUGGAUAUCCUUUCUUGGAUGCUAAGGAAGAAUUCACUCAUACAACCCUGGCUGCUGAUGUCAUGAGACCUCGAAGAAAUGAUGCCCCAUUGGCAGUAUUAACACAGGAUAAUAUGACUGUGGAUGAUAUUGAAAAUUUGAUCAAUGAAACCAGCUAUAAUGGUUUUCCUGUAAUAAUGUCAAAAGAAUCCCAAAGACUAGUAGGAUUUGCCCUAAGGAGAGAUUUGACUAUUGCAAUAGAAAGUGCCAGAAAGAAACAAGAAGGCAUUGUUGGCAGUUCCAGAGUCUGUUUUGCCCAGCAUACCUUAUCACUUUCAGCAGAAAGUCCUCGGCCUUUGAAGCUUAGAAGCAUUCUUGAUAUGAGCCCUUUUACAGUUACAGAUCACACACCAAUGGAGAUUGUGGUGGACAUAUUCCGCAAACUGGGCCUAAGGCAGUGUCUUGUAACACACAAUGGGAUUGUCUUGGGGAUCAUCACAAAGAAGAACAUAUUAGAGCAUCUCGAGCAACUAAAGCAGCACGUCGAACCCUUGGCGCCUCCUUGGCAUCAUAACAAAAAAAGAUAUCCUCCGACAUAUGGCCCAGAUGGCAAACCAAGACCCCGCAUCAAUAAUGUUCAACUGAACUCAAUAACUGAGGAGAGAGAGGAAAGUGAAGAAGAGGUUCAUUUGCUGAACAGUACAACACUUUAAUAUAAGGCAUAGUUUUGUAAUACAAAAGAAAGGCUGGAUUUUUUGAAAAGUGUACUGUUGGAAUUUAGGAGUUGAUUUUAGGAAAAGGUGGUUUUACAAUGUAAUAAAGAGGAUGAGAAUGAAAAUCUGAAAACCUGCACUGGAUGCACUCUGAACUGUUAGAUCUGCCAUGAUAGUGCUGUCAGAAGUUGUAUCAGAAAUUCAUAAGCUCCAGUUUGGACCUUGCUGCUUUAGCAUGGAAGAAAUGGAUAGUUGGUCCCUGUUUCUGAAUCAUACUGAGUUGAGCCGUCCUUUGAAAACUGGAAGAUUUGGCCCUUUUUACCACAGACAGUUGUGUUAAUUCAUGAAAUGUAUAGUUAUUCCACAUUACCUCUUUACAUUCCAGAAGAGCUUUUCUCUCUCCUGAGCCCCGACUGAGCCUCCUUACAAUUGAUGCAUCUUUUUGAAAUGGUGGUUUCUCAUAUUGAGAUGUACUGUGACCUGUUUAAUUUGAUCACAAGAAGUAAGCAUUUCUUGUGCCAUUUAAACUUAAGAGUUUGUAUAUCAUGAAAAUCUUGUGACAGUUUAGAUCUACUGCAACAAAAGCAGACUGAGCAGGUUAAUAAACUUGGGUGAAGCAUGUUAAACCCUGCAGUUUAGUAGUUGCAAGUUAAACAGUCAAAUCUGUUUCAAGUAUGUUUUUGUUGCAAAAUAAUGCAAUUUUUGUUGCAAAAUUAGGCUUAUGCAAUUUUUGUACUAUUAAAAACCCUAAGUUAUAUACCAAUGUUGUGCAAUGUAAAGAAAAUACUACUAUUCUACUAAAAACUGGAAUAAUUCUGUUUGUGUACCUGAUAGCAACUGCAUGUUCAAACACUGGAUAAUAUCCCCCCUAAAUUAAGGUCUUUUUGUUCCUCAUUCCUAUACCAAAUAAAGGCAGAAAAAAUGUUAUAAUUUGCACUAAAUAUAUAUACCAUAGUUUUUGUUUUUACAGAUUAGAAAAUAUUAAAUAUAAAUGAGUUAACAUCACACUAUUGAUUUUACUCUAAUAAUGUGAUUUUUGUAAAGUAAUUCAAAGUCCUCCAUAAACAAUUUGGCAAAAGUUUCUAAUGAAAAUAUUUUUAUAUUUCUUUGUAACCCAUUCUGAUACUUGAUUGCCAUAAUUUUAAAUUUAUUAUUUGUUUUUAAUUAAGGGGCUAGAGUAUUAAUAGAUCUUUAUUUGUAAAUAUUACAGAAUUUAAAACUUAAUUUUUAGGAACUUUGAAGUGGUAACAAUUGAUUUGAAAUGCAGUUCAGUUACUUGAAAAACUUCUAUAAUACAUAAAUACAAACCAAGAACUGACACAAUAACUGGAUUUUACCAUCCCUAAUUAAAAUGUCUGCAUUUUGAAUAUUCAUUUGAGAAAAGUAUUGCAAAUACUUGAUAUGAGGUUUGAUUUACCUAAUAAAACUGAUAUAUUGUAUAAGUUCAGGAGUGACUGGCAGUUGAACACUCUAAGGUUGCACCAUCUUGUUGGCUAUUUAAACAUUAUUGAAAACAUGAAUUAGCUGUAAACCUAUGGUUGUAUAAGUCCUGUUUGCCCAGUAUGACUUCUGUCUUUUGUUUGCCCCUCCUGGUGAAAGGUCCCCUGUGCAAGCACUGAGUCAUGUCUGACCCUUUGGAGGGAUGCCACUUUUGUGACGUUUCCUUGGCAGACUGUAGUGGGGUGGUUUGCCAUUGCCUUCCCCAGUCAUCACCUUCCCCGGCAAGCUGGGAACUCAUUUUACUGACCUCGGAAGGUUGGAAGGCUGAGUCAACCUGAGCCAGCUACCCAAGAAUCCAGCUUCUGCUGGGAUCAAACUCGGGUCGUGGGGAGAGUUUCAGUUGCAAUACUGCCACCUACCACUCUGCGCCACAUGAGGCUCUUUGCCCCUCCUGCCUCUAUUGAUAAGGUUGUUUUGAAAUGCUGGAAUUUCAAAACUGCACAGGAAGUCACUUUAAGGAGGCAAACAAAAUCAGAUGCUCUAUUCUAUGCAUGCAAGCCCUUGUAACAAGAGGUUAUUUUUGUUGCCAAAGUAAAAUAGUCUGUAUUUUUUCCUGUAAAACAUAUGUUCCAAAGAUACUGAUCCAAGUCUUUGAGGAAAAAAAAAACAUAUUCCAAAGGAAUAACAAUAAAAGUCAUGAGUCAGUACUGCAAACUGCUUUGUUAACUGGCCCAGAUAAUCUUAGGAGAUGGUUUUUCAGAAUCAUUGAGAAUAUUUAUCUGCAGUUAUUAAUUGUUCAUUGUGAUUAGGUACUUCAACACCACCUGAGAGAAAAUUAUACUUCUUGGGAUAAACAAUGAAUUACUCUUCUUUUGGCACCUGUACACCUUUUACUGUAUAAAUCACUGUUAACAGAAUUUAGCUGAUGCCUAAACACGUUUUAGGAAUCUUGAGAUGCUUCCACUAAAAUUAAACAUGACUGAAUCCUUGUUCUUUGCGCUAAUCAUGCAGAUCUAAAAUGAUUUUUCCUAUAGCAUGUUUUUAAAACUUUUGUCUUAAGUUUCAAACUCCCCUCUAUACACUUGGUUUGCCAUUAGGCUCUUUACCAAAGUUGCCUAUUGUAUUAAUUCACAAUGCCCUUUGCAACAUGAAGUGAUACCAACUCAUAUCCCAGAUGUCUUUUAAUAAUCCAUAUUGUAUGAUCUAAUGCAGCGUUUGAUGUUCUUCUCAGACAACUUCUUACAAGCACAUAAAAUGUGCCUCUGCUUAUGUGUUAGAGAUUCUGAAAUUAGUGUGCCUGAGCAUUCAAGAAAAAGGAUUUACUAGUAAUAAUGUAACUAAUUACAGAGCCUUAUUCAAGGUGGAACAGAAUGGGAUGUCUAGGGGUGUCUACAAUUUUUUUUGGUUGAACAGUUCAGUUGUUGAUUAUGAAAAUUGCAUCUAAUAUUUCUAGAGUUGUAUUAAACAUUUAUCUUAGUGUUUUUAUUUAUACUAGUGUGGUAGAAUUGCACUUCAUUACAGUAAAAUAAAGUUCUGUUACUGUGAUGAUUUCAUUAGAAAACUUAUUAAACGCUUCUGUAUGACUGUUUAGAUUUUACUUUCUUGCUUUAUUCAAUUACAGUACUAGUGACCCAUGUCUUUUUAUCUAAAGAUAUGAGAGAUCCUAUAAAAGAUUCGAAUUGAAAAAUGAAACAACAGUUUUUCCCAUAUAAUUGCACUAGGCAAAUCCAGUAAGGAAGUAAAUGCAUGCAUGCAUGCAUGCUUACAAUUAUUAAAGUAUCUAGCUCUACAAUUAUCAACAAAUGACUGCUAAAAGUAAAGAAUGCACUGAAUUAGAUUUAGACUUGUGCCAACAAACCCUGAAGAGCCAUAAAAGAAGGUAAUAGAAUGGCAAUUUCUGCCAAUUCCUUUUUUUCUCUGCAUGCUGCUAAAUAAUGCAUAUCUAACAAUACACUUUGGGGGGUAUUAAUUUGGGAGCAUUCCUUCAAUCUGCCCUAAAGCCUACAUCAAUUUUACUAGUUUAAAAAAACCUAAUCUUUUAAGUUAAACUGCAAUUUAGUCUGAACACACAAAGUACAUUUGAACCAGUUCUGUUGUAUAUUAAAAGGUAAAUAAUGAAA